UCACUCCGGCGCGCCGUGCCGGCGGGGCGGGGAUACGCGGUGUGCGCGGCCGGGGGCGGAACGGAGGAGGAGGCGGUGGUGGCUCGGCUGCGGGGUAGGAGUCCGCGGCAGCCUCAGGGUAAGCCAAGCGCCGCGUAGUGCUGAGUUCCCGCACGCCGCGGAGCCAUGGAGAUCGGCACCGAGAUCAGCCGCAAGAUCCGGAGUGCCAUUAAGGGGAAAUUGCAAGAAUUAGGAGCUUAUGUUGAUGAAGAACUUCCUGAUUACAUUAUGGUGAUGGUGGCCAACAAGAAAAGUCAGGACCAAAUGACAGAGGAUCUGUCCCUGUUUCUAGGGAACAACACAAUUCGAUUCACCGUAUGGCUUCAUGGUGUAUUAGAUAAACUUCGCUCUGUUACAACUGAACCCUCUAGUCUAAAGUCUUCUGAUACCAACAUCUUUGAUAGUAACGUGCCUUCAAACAAGAGCAGUUUCAGUCGGGGAGAUGAGAGGAGGCAUGAAGCUGCAGUGCCACCACUUGCCAUUCCUAGCACGAGACCUGAAAAAAGAGAUUCCAGAGUUUCUACGAGUUCACAGGAGUCAAAAACCACUAAUGUCAGGCAGACUUAUGAUGAUGGAGCUGCAACCCGACUAAUGUCAACAGUGAAGCCUUUGAGGGAGCCAGCACCCUCUGAAGAUGUGAUUGAUAUUAAGCCAGAACCAGAUGAUCUCAUUGAUGAAGACCUCAACUUUGUGCAGGAGAAUCCCUUAUCUCAGAAAAAACCUACAGUGACACUUACAUAUGGUUCUUCUCGCCCUUCUAUUGAAAUUUAUCGACCACCUGCAAGUAGAAAUGCAGAUAGUGGUGUUCAUUUAAACAGAUUGCAAUUUCAGCAGCAGCAAAAUAGUAUUCAUGCUGCCAAGCAGCUUGAUAUGCAGAAUAGUUGGGUAUAUGAAACAGGACGUUUGUGUGAACCAGAAGUGCUUAACAGCUUAGAAGAAACGUAUAGUCCGUUCUUUAGAAACAACUCGGAGAAAAUGAGUAUGGAGGAUGAAAACUUUCGGAAGAGAAAGUUGCCUGUGGUAAGUUCAGUUGUUAAAGUGAAAAAGUUCAAUCAUGAUGGAGAAGAGGAGGAAGAAGAUGAUGAUUAUGGGUCUCGAACAGGAAGCGUCUCCAGCAGUGUGUCUGUGCCAGCAAAACCUGAAAGGAGACCUUCUCUUCCACCUUCUAAACAAGCUAACAAGAAUCUGAUUUUGAAGGCUAUCUCUGAAGCUCAAGAAUCCGUAACAAAAACAACUAACUACUCUACAGUCCCACAGAAACAGACCCUUCCAGUUGCUCCCAGAACUCGAACUUCUCAAGAAGAAUUGCUAGCAGAAGUGGUCCAGGGACAAAGUAGGACCCCUAGAAUAAGUCCCCCAAUUAAAGAAGAGGAAACAAAAGGAGAAUCUGUAGAAAAAAAUCAAGAUUACUAUGACAUGGAAUCCAUGGUCCAUGCAGACACAAGAUCAUUUAUUCUGAAGAAGCCAAAGCUGUCUGAGGAAAUAGUAGUGGCACCAAACCAAGAGUCGGGGAUGAAGACUGCAGAUUCCCUUCGGGUACUUUCAGGACACCUUAUGCAGACACGAGAUCUUGUACAACCAGAUAAACCUGCAAGUCCCAAGUUUAUAGUGACGCUGGAUGGUGUCCCCAGCCCCCCAGGAUACAUGUCAGAUCAAGAGGAGGACAUGUGCUUUGAAGGAAUGAAACCCGUAAACCAAACUGCAGCCUCAAACAAGGGACUCAGAGGUCUCCUCCACCCACAGCAGUUGCACUUGCUGAGCAGGCAGCUUGAGGACCCAAAUGCUGAGAUGAGUGAACUGAGUGUGGCACAGAAACCAGAAAAACUUUUGGAGCGCUGCAAGUACUGGCCUGCUUGUAAAAACGGGGAUGAGUGUGCCUACCAUCACCCCAUCUCACCCUGCAAAGCCUUCCCCAAUUGUAAAUUUGCUGAAAAAUGUUUGUUUGUUCACCCAAAUUGUAAAUAUGAUGCAAAGUGUACUAAACCAGAUUGUCCUUUCACUCAUGUGAGUAGAAGAAUUCCAGUACUGUCUCCAAAACCAGUUGCACCGCCAGCACCACCUUCCAGCAGUCAGCUCUGCCGUUACUUCCCUGCUUGUAAGAAGAUGGAAUGUCCCUUCUAUCAUCCAAAACACUGUAGGUUUAACACUCAGUGUACAAGACCAGACUGCACAUUCUACCAUCCCACCAUUAAUGUUCCACCACGACAUGCCUUGAAAUGGAUCCGACCUCAAACCAGCGAAUAGCACCCAGUCCUGCCUGGCAGAAGAUGAUGCAGUUUGGAAGUUUCCAUGUACUGAUGAAAGACACUCUACAGAACUUGUCAGAUCUUUGAAACUUGGAAUAUAUUGCUUUCAUAAUAUGAAGUUUUAUUGCCUAUCUGAAGUGUCUAAUUUUUCAAGUUUGUAAGUUUAUUAAGUGGUUUUAACAUUGGGUGUUUUUGUUUUGUUUUUACUAUGAAAAGACCGCUUAAGAGCUAAAUUCUGUUAAAAUAUUUGGGGCAUGUUUGUGCACUGCUGUUGUGAGGAUCGGCAUAGGAAGUUGACAUCAUGGUUAGUAAUGGUACUGCAGCUUAGGGGGCUACACGGUUGCUGUGAGUGGAGAGAUGCAGUGAGGCAGUUGUCAUUAUUCUAAAAAUUGAACUGCUUUCACUUUUCCCAAAGAUUAUAUAAUGUUCAUGACCCACCACGAAAACAGCAUUGGCCAAAGGUACUGAGGCUGCUUAAAAUAUUCAGUUCUGCUUUUUAAUUUUUAAAUGAAUCUAGUUUGAAAUGGAUUAUACAGGCCUCUCAGGCUGAGUGCUACUUUGGUAAAGUUCCCAGUUUUCUUGCGUUCUGUGACAGGAUGAAUGAGGUGGGUAUGGACGGUGGAGACAGCUGGAAUGGCAGGUGCAGAAAAUAGGAACAGUUUAUACAGUGCUCUCAUUUACUGAUGACAUAAUGCCUUCUAAAUAAAUUUUUUGGGAAACUACAUUAUCACAAAAUUAUACAAAUUUUUUUACAAGUAUUUACAUACGGUAUCUGAAAACAGACUUUAAAGUCACAAGAUUAUAAAUGUACAUAUGUAUUCUCACAUUCUGAAAAAUAACAUUCUCAGAAAUAGCUCCACAGAAAAUAUACUUAGUUACUACUGAAGAUAAUUUUUGAAAUGUAAAAAUUAGAUUUAAAUAGUAUAUUUUAAAUGACAGAACUAUGAUUACAGAGAUCAGAUAGGUAAACUGCAAGAUAAGAUGAAACUUUUGGCCUACUGUAUUACUUACAGAGCUUUUUGUGUGUGUGGUUUUUAAAACUGUUAAGGCAAGAAGUGUCAAAUGCUUUAGAGUUAAAUAACAGAUCACUGAUUUCAAAGACUUGGUGUAUAGUGUUAAAAAUUAAAGCUUAAAAGGUGAUUAGAAAAGUGGAUUAAUGCAAAAGGGGUAAUAAAGACUGCAACAUUCUCAGGACCAAAUUAACUGCUAAAAAAAAAAAAAAAGUUCAUUGACUUGCUUAGUCAUAUACCCAAAUGAUAAACCUACAUGCGCAAAGGCUCAUGUUUAAGAUUUGUCAAGCCAGCAGUCUACUGUUGUGUUGCCAUUGCUUUUCCUUUGGGAGAAGAAAGAAUUAACCAGUCAUUAAACCAUUUGGUAAGUUGCACUUUGCUGCACUGAUCCCACAAGAAAGGCUUGAAACACGAGAAGCAGCAAGGACAGAGCACACAAGCGCAUAAGGCUGUUGUCUUCGGCUUGGGUGAAAUGACAGUUCCUCUUCAUUCUAAAAGUUUAAUCCAUUGAAUUUAAGGCAUUUGUUCAUUCCAGCAUUGAGAUGCUUUGCAUCUCUGCAGAAGAAAUUUAUUUUAAAUUGUUUAAAUUUCUGGAAAUACUUUUAGCUAUCAUUUAUAAAUGGUAAAUAGUUUCGUUCUCAGUUUCACUAUAAAGAACAAAUGGGAAACAAGGGCUUGAUUUAGUUCAGCCAUUUUACAAGGAAAUAAAAUACUAAA